AUGCAAAAUCAAUACGGAUAUCCUCCAACACAAUACCAGCAACCACAGCAACAGCCUUGUCAACAACCUUACCAACAGCAUUACGGGCCACCGCAACCAGGGUAUUCGCAGUCUCAGCCAUAUCAGCAGCCUGCUGGACCAGGUGGCUAUGGCUACGCUGAUCCUAACAAUGCUGGACAGUAUUACCAGCAAGGCCAGAACCAUCCUCCUCCAACCGUCAACCACCAGUCGCCACCAUUACCCAGUCCACAACUCAGUCAACAACAUGCCCCGUCAGUGAAAAGUGGCGCAGCUAAUGCCUUCCCCCACCUAUGUGCACCAGGAACGAACACCAUAGCCUUGACGAUCGUGGACAAAGGCGAUAAAAAGGACUUUGUGGUGGCCCCUGGUGCUCCAAAGACCCAGCCCUUGUACACGAGCAAGAUCACCAAAUCAGGCACUUUCAGUUCGACCAAAGCCAAGAUUCAAUAUCACGAUGGCCAAAGCAAGAAGCCGAAAACCAUCUGCAAGCUCAAAUACCACGAGCACUACGUAGAGCUUGCCUUCCCUUGGCUGAAAUGGGAUCUGUGGCCGUUCGCCGAGAACAACACGUAUUGGGGAUCCGAUGUGGGGACCAGGCAAGAUCACUCGCUCGAGUGGAAAUUUAUGGGUGGCUACAAAGACAAAGGAGGCUUCGUGAUCAGAUUGUUUGAUGUUGACGAAGCAUAUGAAGAUGUCUGCAACAUUGUGAUGACCGAUCACUACUCGGGGACCAUUGAGAUCGAUGCCUUGUCUCUGAAGAAUCAGGAUGCCUUGGACGAAAUGGUGACCGUUGCACUCGCAACUCUGGAUGUUUAUCGAGGCCAACAAAGCGCCCCUGAUCGGGCCGGCAUGGUCCCAAGUUCAAGUUCAAGUUCCGACUCCGAUUAG